AAUGUUAUGGACAUUGGCUUAGCGAACGAAAAGGCCGGUCAGGAACUGUCCUCCUACUCGGGGACUUUUCAACCCGCCCCGGGGAACAAGACUGUCACCUACCUGGGGAAAUUCGCCUUCGACUCGCCCUCCAACUGGUGCCAGGACAACAUCAUCAGCCUGAUGAGCAGGGACAUCUUGGGGGUGCCGCCGUCCUCGGGCGCGCUCACCAGCACGCAGAGCUCGGCGGGCAGCAUGGGCCCGCCGCAGGGCGAGGUGGACCAGAUGUACCCCGCGCUUCCGCCCUACUCCUCCUGCAGUGACCUCUACCCGGAGCCCGUCUCCUUCCACGACCCCCAGAGCAACCCCGGCCUCACCUACUCCCCCCAGGAUUACCAGGCAGCCAAGCCCGCCUUGGACAGCAACCUCUUCCCCAUGAUCCCAGACUAUAACCUCUACCACCACCCCAACGACAUGGGCACCAUCACGGAGCACAAACCCUUCCAGAGCUUGGACCCCAUCCGCGUCAACCCGCCCCCCAUCACCCCGCUGGAGACCAUCAAGGCCUUCAAGGACAAGCAGAUCCGCCCGGGCUCCUUCGCCGCCAGCGAGGAAGAGGAGGAGGAGGAGGGAAGGAGCCCACCAGGCGUCAACGGGGCAUCGUGGCCCCAGUGUCGGGCUUGGGACCCGCUCUGCCGCCUGGGCGGCGGUGUCCCACCGGGCAGGACCCCCUCCGUGCGGAGCAGGAAGGAGCGCUUUGACCUCUCCCGGCAGCAGACAGGUCUCCUGGCUGCCCUCCCACCUCGAGCCGAGCCCUCUCCUACCAGGCUUGGUUUCAGCAGCGUAAGGGAGUAA